AUGAUUCUAAGAUUUCUCAUAAUUUGUGUUUUCUUUCUGCUAUUACAGGUCCUUCAGAAGCUGGGCAAAGCAGAUGAGACAAGAGAUGAACUGUUUGAGCACUAUGUACAGAAUUUCACUUCACAACAAGCUGCGGCCAACAGAUUGUUCAAAGAACUCAAGAAUUAUGUGACGUGUGUUAAAGCGAUGAGUCAGGCGAGCAAAGCCCUGUUUGAAGCUAUGGAGUCGACGUAUGAAUCAGAGUGGCAGGGACAAGAACAACUGGCUAGUGUGAGAGAGACUUUAGACCUACUGUGGGAUGACUACCAGAGGAAAUUAAUGGACCAGAUUAUGAACCCCCUUGUGUCCUAUCAAGCAAAGUUUCCGGAAGUGAAGAAACGGAUGGAGAAGAGAGGCAGGAAAUUAAUAGAUUACGACAGUGCAAGGCACAAUCUUGAGGCUUCCAAGAAGAAAGACGAUCAAAAAUAUAUCAAGACACAAGAGGCAUACAAUGAAGCAAGGAAGAUGUACGAGGAGCUCAACUCAGACCUCCACGAAGAGCUACCCACGUUAUAUGACAGUCGCAUUCCGUUCUACGCCAACACCUUCCAGCUCUUGUCAGCAGCCGAGUCAACGUUCUAUGAUGAAGUAGGGAAGGCCAAGGGAUCAGUGAGCAGCAUUAUGGGUGAUCUCUAUCAGGAAGCGUCGGUGGGAAAAUAUGACAUCAGAAAAAGCAUACCUGAGCUGCUACGUCAAAGCAACAACACGUCCACACCUCCUUCCACCAUCUCAUCCCCUGUCAACCAGUCGGCGGCCUCGAGGGAUUCCCCCAACCAGAGCCCCGUCUACUCUGUCCCACCCGCCAGGCGGGACCUGCCAGAGGAAAGGGAAGAUGAUGACGAGGAGGAGGAGGACGACGACCAGACGGCUGAAUACCAGGUUCCUCGGUCAACUCCAGUUGAGCCUAAUAAGAAUCCAGCGGCAGACAUGACGACACACAACGGCACAUCUCCUUCCUCUCCACCACCUCAAACCAACGGCAGUAAUCUACCAUCAGGCGUACUAUAUAGAGCAAAAGCAACACAUGAUUACCAACCGAGAGACUCUGAUGAAUUGACGCUGACUAAAGGAGACAUGGUAUUUGUUAUACCAUUUGAAGACCCAGAAGACCAGGAUGAAGGCUGGUUAAUGGGGUACAAGGAGACCACGGGAGAUAGAGGCGUCUUUCCUGAGAACUUCACUUCAAAAUGCUGAUAGCUAUGAUCUUGGCACCCAUUCUCUUUCUUAGUUCACAUUGCAUCAUCGGAGGGAUUUACACUGACCUGAACAAAAGGGCCCGGCAUCAUAAAUUCAUCAACAAAAAAUAUCAAAAUUUGGUGGCAAAUUUGCUCUUGGCCAAUCUAAUGUAUGAGGUCUCAGUCAUGCAUAAAGACUUGCAUAACUUUAAGAGCCUAAUGAAACGGCCACAGGUGGGUGUUUCAUAAAGCUGUUCGUAAGUAACAAGCAACUUUAUGAACGUCUGGUGACCUUUUCUUCGGAACUAAAUCAAAACCUAUUUGGUGUAUAUCAUUGAAACAAGAAAGGGUCACCAGUCUUUUGUAAAGUUGCUCGUAAACUAUGAACAGCUUUAUGAAUGACCUACAUUGUUAGCAUUGUAAGUGAUAACUGUUUAGCAGUACAUGUGUUUGUUUCGAGCUGUAAAGUGUAGUUUUGUCCAAAAGGUGAAAGGCACUCAUCAGUGCAGUGAAUAAUCCUCAUUAAGGUAUACGCAGGACUUAAUUAUCAACACGACUGCCACCUCAGAAUAUUGGUGGUGUUUACUAUAUAUACUGGGGUUCAUAAAGCUGUUUUCAGAAUUACAAGUGACUAUAAAUAAAAGAUACAAUAUGAAGUGCUCAUACAAGAGUCCAUGGACUUUACAGACUUUUUAUAAAAGUCUAUUUUUUUCAUGAUCUUUUUAAAAUUUUGACAAACGAUAUACGCUGCAUUGUUAAUAUAUUAUGUUAAUAUUAUAAAUGUUGAUCAUCAUGAGCAUAUUUCAAUUUUAGCUUACAGGAUUAAAUGUGAUUUGGAUAUCCACCUGGCACUAAAUAUUCCUCUCUUCUUAAAAGUCUUUUGUAACUUUGCAAACAGCGUCAUGAAAAAUUCCCUUCAGGCCGUUUCAUAAGUUAUGAAUUAGUAUGCAUGACUGGUGACCCCAUUCUUGUGCCAAUGGAUGUAUCCCUUUAUGGCUGACAUUAUGACCUAAGAACAUGUUCCAGUUGUGUGUAAAGUCAUGCAUAACUUUAUGAAAACAUUCAUUAUCAUGUUGGCCUUGUAUCAAAGCAUGCAUGAAAGAAGGAAUCUUUUUUUUUCCAUUUUUGGUGAAGAUUUCUUCUUAAAGAGAAUGUGGUGGAGUGAUUAGAUAUUAUCACACUGAACUUUUAUUGCUGUUAUUUAAAAUAGUUCAAAGGCAAUAGGCUCUUGUAUAUCAACUAGUGUGCUCAGUGAUGUUAUAAUUUCGUAAAUAAUAAUUCCUUGGUUAGAUUAAUAGGGAGGAUGUGGAAGCUACAACUGUAGCCUGAGAAUGGUAUGAAAUUUAUUGGGUUCAAAUUGGGUUCUGUUAUCAAUACUGAAAUGUUAUUCAAACUAACCAAAAAAAACUUAUAUGAUGCUCAUCACAGCAUUGAAUUUUGAAGAACUAUAUAUUUAUUUUCAUAUCCUGAUUUUAACUUGAAUACAUUUUUUCCAUUUUCCCUCUUGUACAACAUUAAAUAGUGUCAGUUUUAUAUAGAGAGUAAUGAUUUGAGUGAUUAGUGGUAAUGUGAAUGUGAAUGGUUAGUUCUUGUGUGGGAAGUAAGGAAUAUCUAAGAAAAUUGAUUUUCUCCUGACAUUUAUAUCAUAUAGUAGUUGGUCCAAGCGUUCUAAAACUGUUCAAGCUGAAUGUAAAAUAGAAGGGUAAUCAGUUUGAUGAAAUCAUCCUCAUUUAAAGGGGAAUCCAAUCCAAAUAGAAACUUGUUUUCAGAGGAAAAAGAAAAAUCUGACAAGUUGAUAGGUGAAAGUUUGAACAAUACUGGCCAAACAACAAGAAAGUUAUAAAUUUUUAAAAGUUGUAAAUAUUGGUAAUCACUAUACACAUGGAGACUUCAAAUUGGCCGCAUGUGGGAUGGCAUAGUGAUGUCAGGCAAGGACUACUCUUCCAUGUACUCCAAUACAUAAAAUGGUUAAAAUUUCGUUUUUUUUUUCAAAAGUUUACUUUGAAUUAUAUUUUUUCUUUCAUGAGGACAUAUAACAAUAUGCUACCUGGGUUAUAUUUUGAUUACUGCCCCAGGAGAAUGGGUACUUAGAUGAAAACCACAAAUCCCUGAUAAUAAAGUACAUGGCCUAUGGGAAAGUUGUCCUUGCCCCUUGUCAUAAUUUACUUACUCAGUUGCCAAUUUGAAAUCUACAUAGUCUUAAGGAUUUCAAUUUUAAAGCAGCCAUAACUUUUUUAUUGCUUGUCCAAUUUCUUUCAAACUUUCACCAUUCUGUUUUAUUUAUUUUUCUCCUUCGACGCAACAUUUUAUGACCAAGGCUGGAUUCCCCUUUUAACUGUCAAAUAUUUGCCAUAAUUCCUUGCCUCCUCCCAUUAAAAAAAAAAUUAAUAAAAUAUGAAGAGGUGAAGGAAAUACUUUAUUUUUAGAAUAUCACAAAUUUUUACAUCUCUUGUAAGGGGUGAGACAGGUUUCUUGUGAAGUAGGUAGAUUGUUUUGCACUUGCAAUUAUUUGAUUGGGCAUUCAUGUAAAAAAGAAGGUAUACAAAGCAGGGAUUUUCAUCAAAAGCAAGAUUGUUUUUACAUGAUAUCAUGUCUUGAUGUAUAAACUAAAAGUUUGUAAUAUAUAAAAAAGUAUGUAUAACGUUCCCCUAUAUGUGAGACCUUACUAAAGUGAUUUGCCUCUGUUUUAUAGUUCACAUAGCAAGCUGUUAUGCUCCCAAAUGGCUGGAGCGGAUCAUGAAGUGAACUAAGAUUUGAGAAACAUGAGGGUCAGAUGAAUGUGAAGACUGAUUGUUAUUUGGAUUUUUCCAUCAAAUUAUUACAUCAUACAGUUAUUGGAUAGAUCUUUUGAAAUAUUUUUUAAUUUAAUAUCACGGGGAUGUUAUGUGGAGCGUUGUGGCCCAGUGGAUUAGUAUCCGGACUUUGAAACAGAGGGUCGUGGGUUCGAAUCCCAGCCAUGGCGUAAUUUCCUUCGGCAAGAAAUUUAUCCACAUUGUGCUGCACUCGACCCAGAUGAGGUAAAUGGAUACCGGCACGAAGUAAUUCCUCAAAAAGCUGUACGCACCACAAUCGGUAGACUAGCUUAACCGGGGUAAUAUAGGAGCGCCUUGAGCACCUCGCAAGGUGGAUACGUGCGCUAUACAAAUCCUAUAUUAUUUAUUUAUAAGUUAUUAAUUUUUCAAAAUCCCAGCUUCCAUUCUAAAAGGUCAACAGUUCAAAUAUACCAUUGAAAACUGUGGUGUUGGUAGUCUUGUUUUUUUUUCUCUCCCGAACAUUUACCUAAUGAAAUAUGAGAAUUAUCCCACAAAAUAUUUGCAAGUUUGAAAUAUUUUGUCUAGACAUAUUGGACAUAAGGUCUCUUGGGCUCUGUGGUGCUGUAACACAAAACAUAACUAUUAAUCGUAGAAUAGAUUUUUAUGAUUGAUUGCUUUUGACAACAAUGUACAUUCAAUCAUGAAAAUCCCGAUCAGUUGUUAAGCUUUGUUGGACAGAACCCAGUAGCUUAGUGAUCAUGAUUUAACUUUUAUAGACUAAGAGUGAGUAACUGACAGUAAUGUCAUGCUGACAAAAUUUGUGUUUGAUUUUUAUCUUGGCGUGUGUAGUUGCUUUUAGUCAUAGAAAUUAUCAUGGGUUUGUGAGGAUAAUGUGUCAUGAAAGAUUUUAAACUGCAGUAACUUGAAGGGCACCGCAUGCUGUAAACUAUCCUGAACGAGUCCAAGUUCUUUAAUAUUUAUUUCGCUUGAAUCAGAGGGCUCCCCAUCUCGGUGUGUGAAUGAAGCUCCAUGGAAUUAUUUGCGUAACUUAGGUGCUUAUUUUGAUUGACGGUUAGUAGGUUCGCAGUGAUACUGUUUUUGUCUUAAAAUUUUGAAGGAUUAUCUCCUGUUAAUCAUUACACCAUUGAAUUCUCAUUGUUAAUGUACUGUACUCGUGAUGCUGGUCCGAAAUUACACCAGUGGCAUACAUGUGGUAACGUUAUCACUUCAUCUCACUGAUGAUUGCGCAAUAAGGGGGCGUGUCUCCUGAGCACAAUUACAAAUGGGUUGAUGUGCUACAUACAGCAUGCUACUUGUAUUUUUAAGUGUAACUUAUAACUCACUCAACUCAUAACUUCUGUAACUGCCCCUUAAUUAUGAUACCAGAAAUGAGACAGUUUUCUCUUUUUAUGAAUUUAAUGAUAAGAGGUACUUUUGAAUUCCUCUCUUCUGAACAAAGGCAUUUCCUAUUUUCCAGGCAGUGCUAAUUAUUGAUGGUUUUGAAUGAAAUUAUACAUGUAAAUUUUAGCUCCUUGACUUCCUCAUAGACAGCAUUUGUAAUACUUGAGCAUUAUUUAUGAAGCAUGAAUUGAUUGGAUUAUCGCAUCACCCGUUUGGGGUUCACAUUGGGUCAGUAUUUAUAUUUCAUUUUCAAUGUAUUGUGAAGUUAAUUGAGCUAUGCAAUGAAGACAUCAUUUUUUAUUGCUUAUUUUGUUGUUAUUUUUUUAUUGAUUAAUUUGUGGAAUGUUUUAAUAUACUUGAUUUUUUAUAUUAACCACUUUCUAUCUCUUUGUCUCUAUCUCUUUCCUUUUCUCCCUUUUCUUGCAAAUUUGAAUGCUUAAAUUAUUUUUGUUUUUAAAUUAGGUUACUAUGAACAGCACCCCUUGAUUUUGGUUUGAUUGUAUAUAUCUUGCUCAAGUUUUGUUUCAUUCUAUCACAUUAUCAAUAUCCUUGUUUCUGUCUUGUGCUUUUAGUUCAAGACUGAAUUAUCAGAAUUUCUCUUCGUAUACCCUUUGUUUCAAAUGUCUAUUUAUUAGAUGUUAGAUAAUCAAGAGUUUAAAUUAACUCCAUGAUAUUGGCUGUACAAUAUGCCCUGUGCUCAAAAAUUGUAUCCCUGUCUUAUGACCUUUAUUUUAGAUCAUAAUCACAAUGUCCAUAAAAAUGUAUUUGAACAUUUAUAUAUAUGAGGCAAGUAUGGAGAACACAUAAAGAUUCCGAUAUCACUUUAAUUUGUAAUACUAAAAUGAUUGUAACCUUUUGCACAAAACUGCCAUGAAAAGGAUAAAUUUAGAGAUAGUUUAAUCUUAUUGGGGGAAAAUGUUUAAAAGCAUUAAAAGUGGGAUGAAUGAAGACAUAAUCAGGGAAUAUUUGUUUCUUUCAUUUCACAUCUUACAUUAUGUAUGAAUAGUAUUUUUUAUGUUGUAAUUAGAUGAUAUUAUACCAUAAAUACAUAACUCUUUGAAAUCAUGAUUGUAGUUUGUAGUUAAUCAAUAUAGUCAUGCAAUUGGAAUUUAGGAAAUAUGCCAAGCUAUCAAUAUUUAAUGUUAAAUCCUUUUCUGAUUGUGAUCAUAAAUGUGAAAUGAUUGUCUGGUGUUUGUACUUUGGUCUAUUGUCAAUCAUCAUGGAAAAUAUCAGACGAGUCUUGUCUGUGAAUGUUAAGGAAGAAUAUAUGUUUUGUCUUUGUAUUUAUUAAUGUUUUGAUGUGUAAUCUUUUUAUCAACAGCUCCUCUUCUCCAAUUUUGAAGGAAGAUGAAAACAAAAUCACUGUCAACUAAAGGUUUUUUUUUCUUGCACUAUUUUUAAGAAAUCUAGAUGGCAAUGAUCAGCAUUUAUGCCCAUUCUGAUAUCAAAUAUAUAUUGAUUUUCAAAUGUGGAUGAAAUAAGGAUACAGAAAUGGGAAUGCUCAUGACUUUGAUUUUAGGCAAUCUGCAGUAAUGUAAUGAGGGUAUAACUACUAGGUCCAAUUACAUCAAACUUACCAUAAAUGUUAACUCGGCCAUCAAUGGUAAAUACUAUGGUAGAAAUGUCCAACAGCCAAUCAAGAUCAGGAUUCAAUAGAAAAAAGGGAAAAUUAUGACAAUUACCCUUUUUAUGGGUUUAAUCAAUGAAAAGUGUGCCACAAGGGGCCUGUUGCAUAAAACUUUUUACCUGAGAAAACUCAGGUAUUUUUUACCUUAGUUUUUGCCCUGUGUUAAAGUCAAUGGCAGAAAUCAGACUAACCUUAUUUUUCAGUUUUUACCGGAGUUUUCUCGGGUAAAAAGUUUUAUGCAACAGGCUGCAGGUGUUAUAGUCCACAUAGGAUUAGUGAAUUUUCUCCCAUUGAGUUACUAGCGUUUAGCAUUAUUUUCCUUCCAAUUAUGGAUACAUACCGAUAUAAAUUUUGAAGAUGUUUAACAAAUAUCCUUUCUAUAUUUCCUUGUGAAGUUCCAUAUGAUAUAAAGCUGGUGAGUGGGCAAAUACUGAUUUCCAUAAUAUCUUAUGAACUUAUUCCUAGCAUUUAUCGUGAUCAAGUUCAUUUUUCGUACAAUAUUCUCCCCUUUUUUCACCUAUAUCUAGGGUAGUCUCUUUCGGCUUGGAAACAGUAGUUAUUACAUCGUUCCCCAACC